UGCGAGGGGGCCGGGGCAAGGAGGGGGCCACGGCGUGCCCCACUCUGUUUUUUACGACACGGCUUUCUGUGUAACAUAAUAAGUAUUUAAAAAUUUUGUGAAAUGUUUCGGUGUUAUUUGUGAAAAAUUGGGAAGUAGGAAAAGCGAUUACGAGUGUUUGUGGUGGUGCAGAUGCAGGGGCUCGUGAGCGACAAGACGUUCCACUUGAAGUGGAACAACCACCUGCAGAACCUGAGCCAGCUGUUCACGACCAUCUACUCGUCGUCGGCGCUCGCGGACGUGACGCUCUCCUGCCGUGAUGGGACCCUCAAGGCGCACAAGCUCGUAUUGUCGGCUUGCAGCCCUUAUUUCGAACAGAUAUUCAAGGACAAUCCAUGCCAGCAUCCGAUUGUGAUCUUAAAGGGGAUUCCGUUCUCCGAGAUCAAUCUCUUGGUAGAGUUCAUGUACAAAGGGUCGGUGGACGUCCAAGAGUUGGAUCUGCAGUCGUUGAUGCACACAGCUUCUGAGUUGGAGAUCAGAGGACUUGCAUAUGAGGCUCGUGACAAUGCAGCACAGUUGUUAAACGUUAACUUGGAGUAUCCAACAUACACUCAGAAUGCUACCACAACAGCAACGACCACGGCGACCGCAGUCUCAACAUCACAGACAUACCCACAGACCAGAACAGACGUGGAGAGGUUGAAACAGAUCCACAUGUACCAGCAGUCCAUGAUGCGUGCUGAGGAGAUACGGCGACGGCGGCGGGAGGACAUGCCGGGGACCCAGACAGCCGUCAACAACAUAUUAGCAGCGGCUGCCAGGGAGAUGGAGGAGGCGAGGCAUGCGGCCCGCGGGGAGAGGGUCGUGGCCAGCAUACAGACGGAACAGGAAGCAACAUCCACAUCAUCAGCGUCGGUAGCGGCGACGUCCACACAACACGACGUGAAACGAGAGUACGAGGACGAGAGACCGAAGAAACGGGUCUCCAUCAUGUCACCAGACGACGAGAAGACGAGGGUCAAGAAAAAGACCAUGACGGUACGCUUCCAAGAAGACAAGACUGACGACGGAACACAGAAGAUUACAUCACCAGGCCCCAACACAAACCAGCCGGUCCACAUUCAGACUAACCACGGCGAAUCAAAAAACGACAGCGAAAUGAAGUCGGGUGGCAUCAAAGUGGUUCAGCUGGCCGUGCUGCAGAAACAGAACCAGACCAACAACGAGCACGACGACUCUGACGACAAGGCGGGCAAGCUAGUGAUGGACGACGACGAGGAGACGGAUUCCAGCGGGUCCAUAUCAGAUUCGGCGGCGAACGAGUCGCAGGACGGGCGGCCGCACGUCUGUGAUAUAUGUGACGUCAGGUUCGCUCGGUCGUCUCAUCUCUCCCGCCAUCGCCUCACACACACCGGCGAGAGACCCUUCACAUGCGGAGGAUGCGGGCGCUCCUUCGCGCGCUCCGACAAACUGAGGGUGCACACUAAAAUAUGCGAACGGGAGGAUCCGACAGUGGACAUGGCCAAUGAAUCAGUGAAACGUGAGAACAACUCGGAAGUGAUGUCAGGGAUGGUGCGCACCACUCACCGGGAGUCAGGACACCUGGUGUUCACGCCCAGUGGGGACGUCAUGCUGCCUCCGCGGCCCGGCAACCCUGUAGUACUCAAUUCGACCCUGGAACCCGUGAGGAACGAACUCAACGCCUCGGACCUAGUGGACCCGCCGCGCAGGGGCCGCGGCAGGCCGAGGAAGACCCCCCUGCCCCUCACGCCCAAGAUCAAAAAGAGGAGGGGACGACCGCCCAAGACAUCACUCGAUAUGGAAGGCUGUGUUCUGACUGGCGGGUCGGUCUCCGGCAGCGCGCUGGCCGGACAUCAGCUCAUGCUGAAAAGGAAGCGAGGACGCCCGCCAAAGAACUACUUCCUGUCACAGCCGGGUAUGGAUAUGGCAAUCCAGUACAGCAUUGCGGCAGAAAUGAACAACAUUUACGGACGACCCAACGAGAACUACAACGCGACCAACCUGCCGUUCGGGGACUUCUCCUACCUGACCGAGAUGAUGUACAACCCGCUGGCGUACCCCUACGUCACCGUGGACCCCGACCGGAACGUGGACGCCGACGCCGCCGACACGUCGCGCGGCACCAUCGACGUGUCCGACACCAGCUCCGACGACGACUCCGAGGCCGACCGCCGCCGCGUCAUGACGGUGGGCGACUGCCAGAUAGUGAAGCUGCCGCCGGCCGACGAGCGCGAGGAGCGCGACGACUCCCCGCCCGACGAGAUCCCGCCCCCCACCAGCUCGGUCACCAUCACGCCCAUCACCACCGUCGGCGACUGCACGCUCCGGCCUCACAACGCAUAAGGACCCCGCCCUCCCUCCGACCCUCGCCCCUGUAGUCGGCCGUCUUCCUUGUUAUUGUGGUAGCAUGAUCUCGUGGCGCUCCCGCUGCCCUCGUGCCACGAUCCUCGCGGAGGCGUCUCAGUGUCUUAUGAAUCUUGGAUCGCCAUGAAGUCGCUGUUAGCGUUAUGUCUUCCUAACUGUUUAGUGUUAAACGGAAUCGUCGCCGCGGGUCCCGGCCCGGCGCGUUUCCAUAUAUUGUCGCGGCCUAAAUGCUACUACAAUGAUCGCGCGAGACGUCUCUGGACGUGCAUUUAAUCGGUGAUGUUAUUUAUUCGAGCGGAGAUUUUAAUCGUAAUCGUGAAGCUUUACAAGUAGAACGUAAAAAACUUGGCAUCGGUGUGAUGUUUUCACAAGUAGACUAACGGCGGCGCAGCAGCUGGCUCGCUGCGGUACUCCAGACUGCGGACAUUACGAUACACUGCUAGAGCAGCAAUGACAUCGCCUCGGGAGGUACGCGCAGUAGAUCACAGACCGACGCCUGAAUAUGUAUAAUCUGAGCCAUAUUAUAAUAAUGAUAGUUUAAGGAUCUAUAUUAAUAUGUAUGUAGAGUAUUUUCCUAGUAUCACACGCAUGCCAUGUUUUUAUCGUUAGACAACAGAUAUACUCAUUCAGACACAAUCGUUGAACAAAUGUCACAAUAAAUAACACACAACAUUCUACACGAAAACCUCCAUACUGCCAAUGUACACUGACUCAUCGCGAACCACAGCCGACACACGACAAUAGACUGCGACAUUAGUUUCCGUGCAUAAUGUUGUAUAUUAUGAUAUACAUAUAAUAUUCCCUUAUAGAUGUAUAAUAUUUUCAGAAACUCUACAUAGAGGAGUAAUACAUAUUUACUAAGUGUAAUGAAACGUAGUUAUAUGGAAUAUACUGUGUUGCCUUCAGCGUAUUUCAAAUUCAAUGGUACCCACUAAAGCGUCCAUACAUUUUGGCUGUACGAAGUGUUCCUUCCAUAUCAAAACACUUGCGUGAAUUAAAAAAAAAUAAUCUGUCAAAAGGAACGUCAAUGUCUGUCUGACGUGACAGUCGCGCGCGACGCGCACUAUUUCUAAAGAUUAAUAUAAUUAUAAUGCUAAUUAUAUUAUAUGUGUUAACAAUGUAAUUAAUUCGCUUCGUGAUGCGUGCCUUACCGGUGUACGCUUUAGUGAGCAUCGCUCUAUGACACGCGAUGUGACGACGUGUUCAGGAUAAUCAGUUUCAUAAUAUUAACCACAGAUAACAAUUAUUUUAGAAUCGAAAAUAUUUUUGGGUAGAUAUAAUUAUAAUAAGUAGCGUCUGAUCGGCUGUCUAUAUUCAAUAUAUCUAAUCGUAUAAGUGGAACGGCUCGCGGCCGCUCGGCUCGCAGCGGACGCGAGUCUUUUGGAGUUAUUUUGCUAUAAUAAGUACGUUAAAACCAUUAAUUAAAGUAAUCGUGUAGUGAGCACGCGCUAUUUCGCCUUUCCAUGUCUAAAUGUAUUAAUCUCUGUGAAUAUUAGAACGUAGAGUCUUAGAUAAAAAUAUUCUAAAUAUGAUAACUCGGCAACACCACACAAACAAGUGAUACGAUGUUAGCUAAUUAUUUUUAGCAGAACAUUAUAUGAUAACAUAUAUAUUUCUUUAAUCAUUUUGCCUGUAACGUGUAAUCGUAGAGUAAUGAUAUGUAACCCCAGUCCACGCGGCGGCUGUGAGACAGCUGCUAUGUUCCUUUACGUUAUGUUGUGACUCCCCGCGCCGCGCCGCGUUGUCGCGCCGCGCGCGUCACUCGCGCCUCGUGCGGCGCCGGGCGACGUACGAUGCAAGUAUUAGCUCGCUACUGUGGAUAUGUUUUAAGCAACGAUUGGGUUCACCUGUACAGUAGCAUAGUUCCUAACAUAUAAUCGAUACAAAACUAUAACCCUUCGACUAAUCGUAGCUGAUUAUAUUUCUUUUAGUGUUUAAGUUUAUAUUUUGAGAUCAAACUAUUAUUAUACGGUAGUACUCUACUUGUGACGUAGUAGUUGUGUUAAGGUACGCUUUCUUUGACGGAUAUCCUUUACGUAUUUGAUGGAAGACUGCUCUGUAACCUUUUCUAUGAUUAUCGGUUAGUUAUUUUUAUCGGAGACCGAUUCUAUUAUCUAUACGGAAAUAAGCCCAAGAGGUUAUUGUCAUGAGUCUCAAACGGCGAACUAUUGUAACUGAUUGUUAAUUUACAAAAGAAUCUGUAUUUUUAUAACUAAGAAUAAGUUGUAUGAUUAUUUACUCCGUAACUAGUAUCCCACAUGCAAUAGGUUAGUUCGUGUUUAAGUUACAACGGCCCUAUUGGCUUUGUGUUGUCGUUAAGUUUAGCGUAACAUGAUUCGCUCGGUCGGUCAACAUCUACACCUGGAGAAACUCACACACCAACCUCGGAAGUAAUAAUAACAAUUAUAUAUGAAACUAUAUAUUUUAAUUAUUAUAAUUAUAUGACAGAUGCAAAAUUAUUUCAUUUCAAUUUGAAUUUUUUUUUCCGUUCAAAAACGUGAUAGAUGUUGGCUGAUAAGUUUAAGUCUUAGUUUGGCAAUAAACGGUUAUUUAUGGAGUGUUGGUAGCGUGGCCGCCCCGUUGUUCGCAUUUACUUAUUUGUGUUAACUUUAUAUUGUUUGUUAACGGCGGUGCAGACAUUUGUAACCAUAUAUAUAUAUAUAUAUAUUAAUUUUAUCGCAUUUAUUUAAUGUGUUGCAAUGGGAACUGUAUUGCAAUAUUUUCGGUCCACUGCCAUUACACUGCACCGCCGCCCUCAGUCAGAUCGUGUAUCGUUUGUACGCAUCUAUUGAAUGUUUAUUUUAUAUUUUUUAACUGCGAUGCUUAUUUUCCUACGUAGCGUGUAAUGGUUUACUUAAAGGAUCUUUGUAACUGAUCAUUAUUUAUAUGCACGAUGAUUCCUAAACGUAAUGACAAUUUGGCGAGAUUAAUUUGUGUGACAAAAAGUAUUUAAUAUUUUGAUGAAAAUAUUGUUUCGGGAGAGGAUCAGUCGCGGCCGGAUGUUUAGUUUUUAAAUGAGAUGUUUUUUUUUUUAUUAUUAUAUUGUAUUGUGAAAUGGCUAUCAUUUUACGUUGUGAUCAUGUGAGUGCAAAAUUGUUUACUAUUUUAACCAGUUUCAUUGACCUUCGUCAAUCCAAGGGCAGCAGUUAUUCUAACACGUGUUUAGUCCUGCAUAGUCCGAGAGCAGUAUUUUUUAGCUGUAGUCUUUAUUAUUAUAAACUUUUUUUUUUAUUAUUAUUUUAACAUUUAUGAAAUUCGAUCGUUAGUUAAUUUCUAACAAUGAAAUAUUUAAUAAAGAAAUCACAAAAUU